UCAGUCCGAUGGUAGCUGCCGCAAACUUUCUGGCCACGUGUUCGAUCGCGAAAUGGUCAUCUCGCGCAAUUGUAGCGGAGUUGGCCGAAUAUAUUUGUCUAUUUGUCUAUUCGCGCUUGGGGCUUUCCUCCUAGACGCUCAGGGACGUCAUGAACAUGUAGGAAUUCGCAUAGAAUGCCUGUGCUUAGACAUGGAGGGGCAGGGACGCUGCUGUUGCUUUAGCUCAAUGUUGCCAACGAGACUCGUGGCUUGCGGCUUAAGCCAGCCAGUUCUGGUGCUAUGUAGGAACCAAGUUUGCGUUGCGCAAUACCCGAUCACUGAUGUCUGCAACAUGCUUUUCAAUCCGGGUGGGCAGCUUGAUUGUUCGUUCGAGUCCGAACAGGUGGAUUACAACGCCACCGGAGGCAUUCACCGACGGUCGCCAAGGCGUCAAAAAAUAUUUGUCGAUGGAUAGGAUUAGUUACGCGAGUUGCCUUUCCACAGCUGAGGCUCUGCUAUGACUUUACUAGACGGGUUCUAUGGGCAUACCGCCGAGUGCCCAAUCACGAACGUCUAUAUAGGGUAAACUCGAUCCAGUUGUGGCGCUUGUCACACUU